AACAAGUUUUAAGCGCGGCAUUCUGACAAUAUUCCUUCCUCUGACGUACGACGACACUGUCUUCUCUACUCUUUCUGUUCACUCUCUCUCUCUCUCUCUUCAUAGGCUUUCGUGUUCCUUUUCCAUCCCAUUAAUUACAUUAAUGCUAAUAAACGCAUUUACUACCAUUUUUUUUAUGUUUUAACUUUUCUUUUUCUUUCUUUCUUUCUUUCAUUGGGAAAUGAUAUUUCAAACAAAUCACAUAGACUCUCUCUCUAACAUUUAUCACUCUCCUUGCUAAAGCUCAACUCAGCUAAGUUAAGCUAGGGUUUUCUUUUCCUCAUACAUUGAUUGAUCUUCAUCUUUGCUCUGUCUUAUUUAAGGUUUUAAUCUAAAUUCUUUGUAGUAUUGGGCUGUGGCCUGGUUAGUUUGUUUUUGAAAGGUAAGGUGGUAAAGCAUGGAUUUUUUGAAGAUAAAAAAAUUUAGAAAAUCUCAGAAAGCAGGUGUGGUAAAAGAUUUGGUAGACAAGGCAGUGUCUGAGCCUGAGGAACCAAAGCCUAGCACUGGUGAUCCUGAUCAGUGUAAAUCAGAAAAUGCAGAUUCUUGUGCUGAUGCUGAGGACGAUGAUGAUUUUAUUACCAAUGAGGUAAAGAGGAGGCUCAAGGAAUUGAGAAGAAACAGUUUUAUGGUGUUGAUUCCUGAAGAAGAUUCGUGUCUGGAGGAAGGGGAGGAUGAAGAGGAAGAGGGAGAGACGGUACCAAAUGAAUGGAGGGAUGUGGAGGCAGAAGGCCAGCAAUGGUGGCGAGGCUUUGAUGCUGUUUUUGAGAAGUACUGUGAAAGAAUGUUAUUCUUUGAUCGGAUGAAUGUGCAGCAUCUUGGUGAAAUUGGAAAAGGUUCACAGAACACUUCAACUCCAUCUCCAAGAUCUACAUCAAAGAAGUUGGCAUCUCCCCUUCGGUGUCUUUCCUUGAAAAAAUUUGAAGGACCUGAUGAUGAGACUGAACAUCUUCAAGAGCCUGAAAAUAUUCCCUACUUGGAUAUUGAAACGGCAUAUGUAGGUCAAAUAUGCUUGACUUGGGAGGCUCUUCAUUGUCAAUACUCUCAUAUGAGUUAUAAGAUAUCAUGGCAACAUGAGAAUCCUACCUGUUACAGCCGUAGCGCUCAGGAGUUUCAACAAUUUCAGGUUCUAUUGCAAAGGUUUAUUGAAAAUGAACCUUUUGAGCAGGGCCCUCGACCCGAAAUUUAUGCUCGCUCAAGGAACACUUUGCCUAAACUACUUCAGGUUCCAAAUAUACGAGGUUCAGAUCAUGAAAUAACAGAUGAGUCAGACAUCAGAGUUCUUGCUCCAGAUCUUAUCAGGAUAAUUGAAAACUCUAUCCUUACCUUUCGUCUAUUCCUGAAAAGGGACAAGAAAAAGUCAAGUGUUAUCAACCUGUUUGGAAAUCAGAAUCAGCUCGCCACUCCUCUACAACAGGUUCAGUCUACUCUUGAGAAGAAAGUGGUGAAACUGAAGGAGCUAAGGAAGAAGGGUUGGAGAAAAAAUUCUUGGCCCCAGAAGCAUGAAGAUGUUCAACUAUUGCUUGGCCUUAUUGACGCGAAAAUCUUAUCAAGGGUUCUAAGAAUGACUAGGAUGACUAGAGAACAGCUGUUUUGGUGUGAAGAAAAGAUGAAAAAACUUGAUUUAUCAAAUAAUAGGUUAGAGAGGGAUCCAUGCCCCAUUCUAUUCCCUUGCUAAUCGCAGUCUUUAGUUCUUUACGCUAUGAAUGAUAAAUGUUGCUGAAGCUGCUUGUUUAGGAUGUCUAGGGAAGGUUUGUGGAUUAUGUGAGUAUGACAGGGCAUAGCAAGGCUUUUCUGCUAUAUCAAAUGUAUUAUUGUUCUGUAAUAUUUGUGAGUUUCUAGGCUGUCUUUUUGUAUAAUUCUUAGUGUAACGUACAUCAUUAUGGAUUACUCUUGUUGGUUCUUAGACUUGUGAUUUAGCUAUGUUUGGAAAGUUAAAGAAACACGUUUGCGGCUAUUUGCAGCUGCAGUUGUUAGUGUUGAUAAA